UCGUCUGUGUUUUUCAGAGCAUGACCAUGAAGAUAUAUUACUCUUUUUGGGAUGGGUUUAUCCAUGAUUUGUGUAUAUAGUUACCUUUUGGAGAGCAGGCUAUCAGAGAAGGGGAGGGGUGGAGGAAGAGAGAGAGAGAGAGAGAGAGGGAGAGAGAGAGAGAGACAGGCAGCUACAUGUCUCAGCUUUGCUAUUCGGGCAACUUUGUGGCCAGAGCCUCACAUGACCUGCUCCUUACUCGGGUGCUGCAGGAUUGAGCUCUGAUAACGUCUGCUCUUCUGCUCGUCGAUUCUUUUAUUUGCCUGGAAGAUGAGGGAAUAAACAUGGAUACACUCAACUGGACAUCCAACAUUGCACAGAGCAAUGGCCAAUCCAGCACCAGCACCAGUCGAUUUGCCAGCUGGGUCACGUUUGAUGAUGAUGACAAUGUGGAAGAGCAAGUCUACCAGCAUGCCCCCAAACCAUCCAACAUUAGGACUGGCAACUUGAACAGUUUUCAUUUACAGGAUACCAACAGCAAUUUGAUUGUGUCGUCCAUCCAAAACCAGAGAGCAGACAGACCCAUUCUGGAUUUAUCCCCAGAUGAAUCAGAUUCUGUGUUUGUCCUCGAAAGCCCACUGUCAAACAGCAGCACUCCUUACACCAAGAAGAAUCCCUUUCUGCACGAGGAUUUUUUAAACAUCCAGCCAUCUCAUAUUAACCCUUUUAGUGCCUAUUUUAAUAACAGUGAACUGACAUCAUCUGACAACCAUGAAACCCAGGAGACACCUACUGCCUUGCUGUUUGAGUCCCCUUUCACUAAUCCUGACACCCAAAAUAACUCUUUCCCUUUCCCUUUUACUGCAGAGAGUUUUGGGGGUGGUAGUGGGACUGGCACUUUUGCCUCAGGUCUUCCUGGAAAUGAACUGGAUCUGCUUAAAAACAUGCAGAUCUCUGAAGCUGACCAGGAACCUUCUCUUCCAGAUGACACUGUGGAUGCAGGGGAUGAUGAAAAGACUCCAUAUGAACCGGCUCACAUGGCACCUCAAGAUGGCUGGCCCAUGCUUCUGCGCAUUCCUGAGAAGAAGAACAUCAUGUCCUCUCGGCACUGGGGGCCAAUCUUUGUAAGGCUCAGCGAUGCGGGUCAGCUGAGGCUCUACUACGAGAAAGGCCUGGAGAAACACUUCAAGGAGUUCCAGCUUAGUGCCCAGCUCGAGAUCUCCGAACACAAAAUGCAGCACUAUGAGGAGAACAACCGUGUCCAUACUCUCAGCUUGGACCAGGUGGUAUAUAAGGAGAAGCGCAAGAUCCAGCCAAAAGUCACUGUGGUUCACCUGCCCGUGAAGGAGCAACUGGUAAAGCUUGGAACCACUGACUACAGGGAUUUCCUAAGCUUCAGGUAUGCUUUGCAGGAAAAGCUGGCAGUAUUGUCAGCUGAUGUGGACAGCAUCAGUUCAUCUGUGCCUUACUCUGAAGAGGAGAUUCAGGUUGAAGUUGUAGAUAGCUUUUACGGGGUUCUGUCCAAAACAGAUAACCGUAUUUUACAACAUCUGGUAAUGACGCAGAUUUCUGUGCUUGCCUUUUUAACGGGCUCAUACCCCUGCUGCAUAGGUCUUAAUGAUGUCCAGGUAAAAGGCAAAGAGGUGGUGUCUCGGCAUGACAUCAUCCCCAACACUACCACACGCUGGAUCCGUCUCCGUGACUGUCGACUGCAUGAGUGCGCAGACACACAAGAGUUUGCAGAAUCCAGGACUAUCUCCUUUGAGCCCCCAUCUGGACGGAGAUUUGAGCUUCUGCGUUUCCGGACAGGAUACGCAGAGAAAACUCUGCCCUUCACCCUGAGAACUGUUGUCAGUGUUCGAGGUGCAGAGGUGGAACUACAGUCUUGGCUAGUAAUGUCAACCGGGUUCUCGUCCAAUAGAGACCCUCUGACAGUGAUCCCAUGUGAAAAUGUGGCUAUUCGUUACCCAAUUCCUGAUACAUGGGCAAAGAACUUCCGCAGGGAAAGUGUGACAGGAGAAAAGUCCUUGAAGGCACGCUUUAAUAAAGGAGCCAGUUUCGGUUCCACAAGCAUCUCAGGGUCUGAACCGGCUAUGCGGGUUACCCUUGGCACUGCAAAGUAUGAACAAGCCUUCAAAGCCGUGGUGUGGAGAAUCAGUCGUCUGCCAGACAAAAACUCAGCGCUGGGUCACCCUCACACUUUCUUUUGCCGUCUGGAGCUGGGAUCGGACCGGGAGGUUCCAGAACAGUUCCAGAGCGUGUUGGAGGUUGAGUUCGACAUGCCUGCUGCGUCAGCCUCAAAGACCACUGUGCGCUCUCUGUCUAUCCAAGACAGGGCCGAGCUGAAGAAGUGGAUUACUUACAAAGCACACUACUCCUACCAGGUGGAGAUAGAGCACAAGAACGAGGGAAUGAUGGAGAACCCGGAGCAGGUGGGGCAGUGCGCUCAGCAGUGACGAGAGAACUCCCAUCUUUUUUCUUCUUCUUGUUUUUGUUUUUUCUAAUUAAAGUUGCACUUUGACUGAAACACUGAAGUGUGACGGUAAACAAUAAAACAGGAUGGUGUGAGAUGUUUCUGAUAUGUAAAUAUCUGGUACUGUAGGAAUGACUUAAGUGAAACCUGGGAGUUGAACUGGGGAGAUGUUGUGUGCAGGUCAGCUUCAAGUCUUUAGUUGCAUUUUUUUAAAACAAACUGGACAAUUGAGUUGAUUUUCAAUCAUUUCUCAAAGCAAAAAAUAUACAGCCUUCUUAACUUACAGUACCGUACAAAUAUUUUGGCACCCCACAGAAGUUAGUUUCAAACAACACAUUUUUACUUAUCCCAAAAUUCAAAAGUGUAUAACACUGAAAAAGAGGAAGAACAUGUACAGAACACCUUUAAACAGCCCAUUUGCGACAUCGUUCAUGGCCAAACCCCCAAUCUGUACAAAGAAAAGCCAUGUACGCCCCCCAAAACCCUGUAUCCGAGCUCUCCCAAACCCUUACAUCUUCAGAUCUGCUUCUAAUUGGUUUUUUAUUGUUCUGUAAAAAUUUUGUCAAUCUAACAACUAUGUAUCAUAAUAUUACAGAAAGCUUAUUGUGAUAUAAUUACCUUCUUUGUAUUAUUAUUAUUAUUUUUUUCAUUAUUAUAAUUUUUUUAGUCAUUUUAUUUGUCAUUAGGACAUCUUUAACUGUUUAAAAAGUGCCUUAGAUGUUUGUACAGCACUGUAAGAAUUAAAGGACAACAUAUGCUUUAUGAUGGAGGUUCACUUUGUGGUGUGUAACUAAUUUAACUAAUUUAACUAUUCGCAAUACUUACCAGUACUUAACAGUACACAUACACUACAAAAAACACACAAGGGAAAAAUAUAGUUCGACUUGAAUUCCAGCUCAGGUUGAUGUCAUAAUGUAAUCUCAUUAUUAAUUAUUAUUUUUUCUUUAAAAUUCACGCAAAUUGCCGAGAUGCGUUAGCUUUUCUUUAAAUCCAAAUACCACAAGUGAUGUUCAGUGUAAAGCACAUAUAAUUUUUCAGGGUUGAGCGAAACACCCUGAAAUUGUACAAACAUGAAUAUAUGAGUGUGUUAUUGCAGUGUGACGCAAAACGCUGGAUGUUGUGGAUGAUGAACGAUAUUAACAGUGCAUUGUUCACUUAUAAACAGAAAACAGUAUUCGUUAAAAUUAAAUCAAUAAAACACUUGGAAACAUGCUGUUAUGGGCAAUUAACCAACUUCAUAGUGGUAAGCAGUGACUCCACUUCAGUACAACUAAUUGUCUAUUUUACAUCCUUACAAAUAAUAAAAAUAUAUUAAUGAUCAUCUAGUAUUCUUUUUACACCUCUGCUUUAUGUUAAACACAGAAGUGUAAAUUCUCCACCGUCGCUUUAUGCUUAUGAAGCAGGUAAUCUCUUACACACAAAGGCUUAGUUUGCUUUUAACUUGAUUAAUGGCUGGUUUUAAUUAAUAUCUUAACAUAUCGAUGUUCAUGUUUAUAGACUGGUCCAGUGAUGCAGAAUGAAUGAGGCACGAACUUCAUUUCGGUGAACACUGCUUACAUGUGCGUAAUGAAAUCGACCCGAUAGAUUCUUCUGAACUGGUAUUUUUAUCCCAACAAUGAAAAGUGACAUUUUGUUAAUUAAACCUGAACUGAUCGUGUCUUAUUCUUGCUGUGGCGUCGCUUCAUUUCGAUCCAUUUUUAGCUUAAUAUUGAUAUUGGGGAGAAAAAUCUGUUUUAUUGUACUGUUAUAUUUAUGUUGAUAUAGUGUAAUUGUUUAAUGUAUUUUUUUUACUAACAUAACUCUAACAUGUUCCAAAUCUCUGGGGGUAUUGCACUAUUAGAUUUUUUAUUUUUUUAAUCUUUAGGGUAUCUAGGAUACCUUUAGGGUACAGCGUUUACAAUGACCAUCAUGUGGUGAAAGUGUCUCUCUCCGUCUGGUUAUUUAUUUUUUUUAGUUUGGUUGCAAUUGGUCAACAUUUCAAUUUUAAAUAAUUUUCCCCUGCUACAGUAUGUUAGUACUUCUUUACUAGAGUUUAAUAAAACACAAUUCAACUGCACCAAGAAUUCAUUAAUUUUGGUUAAGCAAGACAAUGUUAGGGCUGAUCUGGUGAUGGUGCCGUGGUUUAAUAGCUCUUAGUUGAUGUUAUUAACUUGAAAUAAACAA